UCCCAAUGUUUGCAAGAACUUUAGCUCCACUUAAACAAUCUUUUGCUUGUAGAUCGUUUCAUCAAUCCAUCAAGAUGUCUGCUCCAGCUACUACUCAAAUUGAAGUUCUUUCCCAAGGUAACGGUUCCACCUUCCCAAAGCCAGGUGACUUAGUUACCAUCCACUACACCGGUACUUUGGAAAACGGUAAGAAGUUCGACUCUUCCCGUGACAAGGGUAAGCCAUUCCAAUGUACCAUUGGUGUUGGUCAAGUUAUCAAGGGUUGGGACACUGGUAUCCCACAAUUGUCUGUUGGUACCCGUGCCAAGUUGACCAUCCCAGGCCAUGAAGCUUACGGUCCAAGAGGUUUCCCAGGUAUCAUUCCACCAAACGCCACCUUGGUUUUCGAUGUUGAAUUGUUGGGUGUUAACUAG